UCAGCUAAAAGCUAAGGUUCAAGACGUACCGGUACCAGCAUCCAUAAAAUCUUCCAAAGCGCAUAAUCUCCUCCUCCUUGUUUGUUUUCUGGGCUCAAAACCUUCACACAAACUACUAUUAAGAAUCACCAACUUUUACCAUGGGCAAUGUCAACGGCACAUCCGAGAAGAAGUGUAAAGAGAUUUGCGAGAGCCUCGACCUGACCAAAAGCACGGUCAAGAUUUCUUCUUCCCCUCGCAGGAGAAAGAGAACUUCCAAACCCAAGGAUCUGCCAAGCAAUGCCAGUGGCAAUAGCCUGGAUGGAAUCGACGAGGAAUUGAUCAAUCAAAUCUACGACGUGGUGUACUCAGCCAACAGGGGCCAAAAGAUUGACGAUGUCAAGGAACUGCGAAAGUACGUCAAGAAACAAUUGAAAUCGUCCAAGAAGAUCCAGGUUUUCAUCGAUGGCGACGAGGAAGAUGAGGACAUUGACGGCGAUGCUCCGGUGAGGAGCGUUGUUGUCAUGGAGGACAAGCAUCUCAAGUCUGCCACUGCAAAGACCGCUUAACCAGAGCCGGUUCCGUGGAGGGAGACAUCCUCUUUGUGUACACUAACAAUUUUGCGUUUUCAGUCGCAGCCAAUGCCUCACUUCUAACUAAAUACACUAGAUUCCAGUUUUGAUAUUAUUCCAGUAGUCUUCGUCAUGGUAUUGAGAAGCAGAAUUG